AUGACAGAAGUUCAAGAGCCCAAAGUCUACGUCGAGGCUUCUGAAGCCAGACGCUUCGUGGAGGCCGUCUUGCAGGGCAACGGGGUACCCGCGGCCAACGCCGCCAUAGUGGCCAAGUGCCUAGUCGCGGCAGACUUACGGGGCGUCGACACGCACGGCAUCAACCGGAUCCCCUCGUACAUGGCGCGGAUCCGGCAGGGCGUGCUGGACGCGGCGGCCUCGCCCGAGCUGCGCCAGGUCACGCCCGUGGUCGCGCACGUCGACGGCCAUAACGGCUUUGGCUUUGUCGCGGCGCAGGCCGGCAUGGCUGCCGCCGUCGAGUCGGCGCGCGUCUACGGCAUUGGCAUGGCCAGCGUCGCCCACUCGAAUCACUUUGGCAUGAGCGCCUGGGUCGUCCAGCAGGCCCUCGAUGCCGGCAUGAUGAGUCUCGUCUUCACCAACUCGAGCCCCGCCUUGCCCGUCUGGGGUGGCCAGAGCAAACUCAUGGGCGUGUCGCCUAUUGCUUGCGGUGCUCCGGGCAAGGAUAUGCCGUUUAUCCUCGAUAUGGCGCCCUCGAUCGCCGCCCGUGGCAAAAUCUACAAGGCCAAGAGGCGCGGCGAGAAGAUUCCUCUGGAUUGGGCUCUGGAUUCCGAGGGACGACCUACCGAUGACCCCGAGGCUGCUCUUGGAGGUGUCAUGCUACCAAUGGGUGGUCCGAAGGGAUCGGCCUUGGCCAUCAUGAUGGAUGUAUUUUCUGGCGUUCUAUCCGGAUCUGCUUACGCUGGCCAUGUCACCAACCCUUAUGACCCUUCCAAGCCGGCGGAUGUCGGGCACUUUCUUGUCGCAAUCAAGCCGGACCUCUUUCUGGACUUGGACGAGUUUCGGCAGCGUAUGGACUAUUUGUAUCAAAGGGUUGUCGGAUCCGAUAAGGCGGCAGGGGUUGACAGGAUCUAUUUCCCUGGCGAACUAGAGCAAAUUGCUCAGAGCGAGCGCGAGAAAACGGGCAUACCCUACGUACAGGCAGAAAUCGAUGCUUUGAACGACGAGGCGCGCAAAGUCAAUGCUGACUCAAUCGUUAUUAAGUCGACGUAG